AGCAGCGGUAGUCAUCAACAACAGCAGCAAGGUCAUGGCAACGGCGGCAGGAGUCAUUAUUACCGCAAUGAUUUUCUAGCACCGCACGGUCCAAAGGGCUGGACCAUACCACCGAAUCGUGGUUACGGCAUGGUUGUUGUGCGUAUACUACGUGGUGCUUUGAAGUUACGUUAUUUGCUGUUGGGUGGAGCCAUCGGUGGUGGCAUGACUUUAAAUAAGAAAUAUGAAGACUGGAAAGAUGGUUUACCCGAUCUGAAAUGGUUGGAGGAAGCCUUGCCUCAGGGUGAAAAAUGGAGUCAAUUUUCAAAGACGUUAAUUGAAAUUGGUGGUGCCGUUAAGGAUGUCAUUGAAAUUGAUCCACGUUUGAAACAGCUCGGAGAGGACAAGGUAAACGAAUGGAGGAAAUGGUUUGAUAGUCGUUUGGAUGAUGCCAUCGAGGCUGCGGAUUAUCAAGUUGUGGCUAAUGUCGAACCCAAAGACGAUUUGAAGUCCAAGACAACAGUGGCUGCCUUGAGUUUGUCUCAGGAUGAUAGUCGCCGGAAAUAUGAAACCCUUCAAUCCCAAGUGGAAACUCUGCAAACCGAAAUAAUGAAUGUUCAAAUCAAAUAUCAAAAAGAAUUGGAAAAAAUGGAAAAAGAGAAUCGCGAAUUGCGACAACAAUUCCUAAUCUUGAAACAGCAAAAGAAGACGGGAACAAAGAAAAUUAAAAAAUCUCUCAUUGAUAUGUAUUCGGAAGUAUUGGAUGAGCUAUCGGGUUACGAUACCAGUUAUUCAAUGGCAGAUCAUUUGCCGAGAGUCGUAGUUGUGGGUGAUCAAAGUAGUGGCAAGACAUCAGUAUUAGAAUCGAUUGCAAAGGCACGGAUAUUUCCGCGCGGUAGUGGUGAAAUGAUGACUAGGGCUCCCGUUAAAGUCACCCUCGCUGAGGGUCCCUACCACGUUGCACAAUUUCGUGAUUCUGAACGUGAAUAUGAUUUAACCAAAGAAUCGGAUUUGGCGGAGCUACGUCGUGAGGUAGAAUUCCGCAUGAGAGCCUCAGUGCGUGGUGGUAAAACUGUCAGUAAUGAAGUUAUCUCAAUGACCGUUAAGGGGCCAGGUUUGCAGCGUAUGGUUUUGGUGGAUUUACCGGGCAUCAUUUCGACCAUGACUGUGGAUAUGGCCUCAGAUACCAAAGAUUCCAUUCAUCAAAUGACCAAACAUUAUAUGAGCAAUCCAAAUGCUAUUAUCUUGUGUAUUCAAGAUGGUUCGGUGGAUGCGGAACGCAGUAAUGUCACCGAUUUAGUAAUGCAGUGUGAUCCAUUGGGACGUCGCACCAUUUUCGUACUUACAAAAGUGGAUUUAGCUGAGGAACUGGCCGAUCCAGAUAGGAUUCGUAAAAUCCUUUCCGGCAAAUUAUUCCCCAUGAAAGCCUUGGGCUAUUAUGCCGUGGUCACUGGUCGUGGACGCAAAGAUGAUAGCAUAGAAGCCAUACGACAAUAUGAGGAGGAUUUCUUUAAGAACUCAAAAUUAUUCCAACGCCGUGGCGUUAUUAUGCCCCAUCAGGUUACCAGCCGCAACCUUAGUUUGGCUGUUUCCGAUCGCUUUUGGAAAAUGGUACGCGAAACUAUUGAACAACAGGCUGAUGCCUUUAAGGCAACACGUUUCAAUUUGGAAACGGAAUGGAAAAAUAAUUUCCCAAGAUUACGUGAAUCUGGUCGCGAUGAACUGUUCGACAAGGCCAAGGGUGAAAUACUCGAUGAAGUUGUAACGCUAUCACAAAUCUCCGCCAAAAAGUGGGAAGAAGCCCUGAACGAUAAGCUGUGGGAUAAAUUAUCAAAUUAUGUUUUCGAAAAUAUUUAUCUACCGGCGGCUCAGUCAGGUUCUCAAAAUUCCUUUAAUACCAUGGUGGAUAUUAAGCUGAGACAGUGGGCGGAACAAGCCCUACCCGCCAAAUCUGUGGAGGCUGGCUGGGAAACUUUGCAAAAAGAAUUUAUAACUCUCAUGGAAAAGGCCAAGAAAUCACCUGAUCACGAUGACAUUUUCGAUAAUCUGAAAGCAGCCGUUGUCGAUGAAUCGAUACGCCGUCAUUCAUGGGAAGAUAAGGCCAUUGAUAUGUUACGUGUCAUCCAAUUGAAUACUCUCGAAGAUCGUUUUGUCCAUGACAAAAGUGAAUGGGAUCAGGCGGUGAAAUUUUUAGAAACAUCUGUGAAAGCGAAAUUGGCCCAAACGGAAGAGACACUUAGUGAAAUGUUCGGCCCGGGACAAUUUACACGCAUCACACAUUGGAAAUCUUUGACAGAGGAUCAAAACAAGAGACGACAUGUUAAAAAUGAAUUGGAUAAAAUACUUAAAAAUGAUGAUAAACAUAUGCCCACAUUGUCAUAUGAUGAAUUGACUACGGUACGCAAAAACCUGCAACGUGAAAACAUUGAUGUUGAUACCGAUUAUAUUAGACAAACCUGGUUCCCAGUUUACAGAAGACACUUCCUUAAACAAGCCCUACAAAGAGCCAAUGACUGUCGUAAGGCUUAUUAUUUAUAUAGCCAGCAAGGAGCUGAUUGUGAUAUAAAUUGCAAUGAUGUAGUGUUAUUCUGGCGCAUUCAGCAAGUUAUACGCGUGACAGCCAAUGCCUUGCGUCAACAGGUUAUUAAUCGUGAGGCUCGCCGUCUAGACAAAGAAAUUAAAGAAGUUUUGGAUGAAUUCAGUGAAGAUGAAGAGAAGAAGGCACAUCUGUUGACAGGCAAGCGGGUGACACUGGCCGAAGAAUUAAUUAAAGUAAGACAAAUUCAAGAAAAACUGGAGGAAUUUAUCAACUCAUUGAAUCAGGAAAAGUAAAAAAAAAACUCAACCACAAC